GGUAUCUACCUACUGUGGAUGCAUCCAUAUCGUCCCAAAGACCAACACCACCUUACGAAACGAUCCACCAUAAACCGUCAAGAACGGGAAACCCAACCAUGGCGCUCAUAUCAGUCAAGACCAUCUUGACAUCCCUCUGCCUCUUCCACAUCACCCUAGCCUACUUCUUCUACACGAAUCCCAAUGCCAUCUCCGACCAGGCUCUCGUCUACGUGUUAGGCGAAGCCAUGGGCAUGCCCCAGACAACCGCCUUUGCAAAUCCCAACGCCGUAUCCUCCCUCCUCGGCGUCUUGCUCCUUGUAAUCGGGCUUUCCGACCUACUCACCCUCUCCCUCCCCGAAGAAGUAUGGCUGAUCCACUACUGGGGCGCACAAGCGCCUCUCCGCAUCAUCGUAUUCGCCUCGCUAUCGCUAUUCGCAUAUUUCUCGACGCCAACCGCCGGCCGGUCCGGAGCAAACCGCCUAUCGCACCCCCUAACACCUCCCUCCGCAUUUAUCCCCGGCGCCGUAGCUGGCGGUAGCGACGGCCUGCGCAACCGCGUCUUCUUCACGUUUGCCUUCCUCGAGUUUCUUAGUUGGUUUUGGGUCUGGGUCACGCUGAAGGAAGAGUCUGCGACCUUUCUCUCCCGAAAGAAGAGGAGGGGGAGUAGCAGUGGUAGUGGGGUUUUGCGGUAAAUGGGCUGAAGACUGUAAGGGCAAGGGAAGUCGGUUGUGACAUGCUUGCGAACGUGGAUAAACAAAUGCACUAUUCACAUUUCGACGUGCGUGGCUUUCCGAGUCCAUAUCCUGAGCCCUCACUUGCGGUAGCUUUAUUUUCUCCCUAUUUCAUCCAUGUUGUAUUGUGUGGCGGGUUCUUUAGAAGCAU